UGAGUAGAGCACAUAUUCCCAAGUCUCAGUGCUUCCACAAACGAAAACUUAGAUCUAAAUUAACACCACUAAUUCUCUCAUCUAAAUUAAACAUGGCUUCUACCACCAAUGACUCAGAUUUUGCCUAUUUGGAACAUAUUCAACAAUACCUUCUUUUUGAUGAUUCCAGCUUUCUAACAUCUUAUCAACCUUCUCCAAGCCCUAAAAGUGACAAUGAGUCAGACACAAUUGUAGAGGCGCGUGAAGUAAACACCCCUCCCAUAUGGAAGCGGUACAAGGGCGUGAGGCGUAGGCCAUGGGGGAAGUUCGCGGCAGAGAUAAGAGAUCCAAAAAAGAAUGGUGCUAGGGUUUGGCUUGGUACUUAUGUGACUGAGGAGGAAGCAGCUUUGGCUUACGACAAAGCUGCUUUUAAGAUGCGUGGCCGAAAGGCCAAGCUUAAUUUUCCCCACCUCAUUGGCUCUGAUGUGUUUACACCAGAGCCAGAGAAGGAGGUGGUUUUGAAACGGGAAUCACCGGAGCCUUCUUCAUCGGAGGAAAGUUGUGAGUCAUCGUCACCAAGGUUAAAGAGGAGGAGGGGCACGGUUGACCUACUUAACAAACUAGCCAAGAAUAGAUGCCAAGCUAAGGUGGUUGAAAUUGAAACGGCAUCAUCACAUGCUAAUGAUUUUGAGCAAUGGGUGAAUGAGUUGAGUGAUAGCUCUCUAAUUUGGUUCUCUUAGCUAGGGUUGUAUCAUUUUAAUUUUUCUGUUUCGCAGCUCCUAAGUUAAAUAGUUUUUCUGUGAGUGUAGCUGCUCCUACUUAGUUUGAGAUCAUUUUUUUCAUUACUCUGAUGAACUUCGAUGGGUGAUGUUUAAGCAAAGCUACGACUUUAUUGUAUUUUUUUUUUCCAACAGAGCACUCAUUUCUUUGGAUUUAUUGUUAAAUUGAUGAAAACUAUGUCUAAGUUUGCACAA